ACCGUUAUAAAAAAAACUUUCCUAAGUGCCACACAAUAGGAUUCAUCAUGUCCUCGAACACUUUCCGUUCAACUUAAGAAUAUCCAAAUUUUUCGUGGGAUUUCAAGAUUUUUUAAGCCCAAAUUCCCAGACAAAUAGUAAAGACCAUCUCGCAAACCACCUGUGACAUCAAGAUCAAGAGAGCAGAGACUGUCUGUCAGGACUCAGGGAGGGAGCGGCACUCCUGAGCCAUGGAAUCUGCGAUGCCGGCGUCAUGUGAGCAGACUGACAAAGCCAAGAAAUAUGACCGCCAGUUAAGAUUGUGGGGUGACCAUGGCCAGGCAUCAUUAGAAGCAGGACAUGUUUGCCUAAUAAAUGCCAGUGCUUCAGGAACUGAAACACUGAAGUCACUGGUACUGCCAGGCUUGGGAGCUGUCACAAUCAUUGAUGAUGCAAAAGUCACUCCUCAGGAUACUGGCAACAAUUUCUUUGUGGACUUAGCAAGCGUCGGUCGUCCACGAGGAGAGGUGGCUUUGCGCCUCCUGCUAGAACUAAACCCGGAAGUACGAGGAACUUUCGUGGAGCAGCCUCUUCAAGAGAUUCUUGAUAACCAGCCAGAUUUUUUUACUCCAUUCACCUGUGUCAUUGCAACAUGUUUGCCAGAAAGCACACUUUUGACCCUUUCCAAAGUAUUAUGGGAUACCAAAAUCCCCUUAGUGGUGGUACGCAGUUAUGGCAUGACCGGCUACAUUAGAGUUCAGAUUGAGGAGCACACAGUCAUAGAGAGUCAUCCUGACAAUGAAAUUCCUGACUUACGACUGGACCGGCCUUUCCCAGCACUGCAAAAAUACAUGGACAGCCUUGACCUGGAUGCAAUGGAUGACAAGGAGCACUCUCACGUGCCCUAUGUUGUCAUUCUUUACAAGAACCUACAAAAAUGGAAUGAGGAACAUGGCGCUCCACCAAAAAAUUACAAAGAAAAGAAAGCAUUUAUAAACCUCCUUAAAACUGGGAUGAGAGAAAAAGAAAAUGGGGAAACUGAAGAGAAUUUUGAGGAAGCCAUUAAAGCAGUAAACACUUCUCUUCUACCCACCUCCAUCCCAAGUGGAAUACAGUCCCUCCUGAAUGAGGCAUCGACCAUAACACCAAGCCCCACCACAAAGCCUUUCUGGAUCAUGGCCAGAGCCCUGCAUGAGUUUGUACUUUCUGAAGGCGGGGGCGUGCUGCCUGUCAGAGGCACUAUUCCAGAUAUGACAGCAGAUUCAGAAAAAUACAUCAAAAUACAGAAUCUGUACCGUGAGCAAGCAGCUCAGGAUGCUGACUGGGUGCUGCGAAGAGUACAGGAACACAGCCAGCAACUGGGCCCACGGAAAGUUAUACCAUCAUUAGAAAACAGUGUGAAGAACUUUUGCAAGAAUGCUCAUGCACUUCGAGUUAUUAAAGGCAAAUCUAUUGUGGAAGAAUACAAAGGCAGCAUCAACCUCAGUGAAAUAGGUGCUCACUUGGAAAAUCCCGAGAGUGAACUUGUAUGGUAUGUAAUGCUGCGAGCAGUGGACCAGUUUCACUCUGAGUUUCGGGCAUACCCAGGUUACUUUCAAGACCAAGUGGAGACUGACAUUGUGAGGCUAAAGGUUUGUGUAAACAGACUGCUUGCUGACUGGGGGUGUGGCCCCAUAGUGAAGGAUGACUUUAUCCAUGAGAUGUGUCGCUAUGGGGCUUCAGAAGUGCACUCUGUUGCUGCAUACAUUGGUGGCUGUGCUGCACAGGAAGUCAUAAAACUGAUCACAGCUCAAUAUGUUCCCAUUAACAACACUCAUAUUUACAAUGCCAUAACUGCAACAUCAGGAACUUUCAUGUUAUGAUAUUUAUAAACAUUUUUGAAAGCCUGCUGCCUUUGCAAAAUUAAUAUGGUAGGUUUGUUGCAUAUUUUGAAACGAAAGUUCUGGGAGAGAAAAAAUGCUAAAUAUAUAAUGAAUAAAUAAAUCUGGCCUGUGUCCUCCAAAAAUGAUUAGCCCAAUCUUAAAUUUGACUUAAGAUAUGUUUUAUUUAAUAUUAAAUUUUACAAUGUGUCCUUGAGCUGAUCUCAGUUAGACUGUGCAUGCAAGUGUUUCAGCUCUAGGCAUUAGUCUAGAAAUUGUAAUGCAGAGAAAGAAACCUUGUUAUUCUUAGAGGCAUGUGAACACAUGGUAUGUUAAUUAUUCCUUAAAUUUGUUUUUUAACAAAUAAGUCCCAAGAAAUAUUACUUUUCAAGAGUGUCUUACAUUACUGUAGGGUAUUGUUAUUUUGAGGGUCAUGGUAUGUCACAACAGCUCAUCACUGAAAUCAGAUACAAGAAAUCCACUUCAAGAACUAUGAAAGCAUCCACAAAACUAUAAAAUGUAUAAGAGACAAGCUUAAGAGGCGAGGUUUAAAAGCACGAAUCGGUACAUGCACAAUCCUCUCACUUAUUAUACUGAUACUGGUAAGGUACUGGUGAGCUUGAGCGGACCUAUUCUUCUGGUGUUGAAGGUGAACAUUUUGGAGUGGGCUGAGUAGCGCACGUAAACACGUGCAGGCGCAGGCGCAGUAGGGGGGACCGGGGGGGAGCAAUCAAUUCGCCAUAGGGGAAGUUUUGUGUAAGCUUCAGAACUUUUGUCGGUAACCCUCAGAGGUAAUUGAAUAGGAGGAAAGUAUGGUUUAUUAAACAUUAUCAUAAUC